CAGCGAAGCGUGAGCGUCAUGUGACGUAGGAGUGGCAGAAUCAGGAAACGGCGCUGCUGCAAGUCAACAAGAAAGGGCAGAAAUACAGGCAACCUAGUGUGACUGUGUUCCCUCUCAGCUCGCCAUCAUGGCCUACCAGGCUGCGUUUCCUGAGGAGCCCAGUGCUCUGGUGAACAACAUCAGCUCCAACAUCCAGAGGCUGACCCUGCUAACAUCGGACAUCCAACGGGCCGUGAUCAAACUGGGAACAGAUCAAGACAACGCCCUGCUUCGACAGUCACUGCAGCAGAAGCAGCAGCAAGGGAACCAGCUAGCAAAGGAGACAGACCGUAUGAUCAAGGCCUUUAGUGCACUUCCUGUGGGAGUUGAUCAGCGCCAGAGGAAGAUUCAGAAAGAGCGUCUGUUAAAUGACUUCUCAGCCGCCCUCAACAGUUUCCAGAAAACACAGCGGCAGGCAGCCGACAAAGAGCGGGAGUUUGUGGCGCGAGUGCGAGCCAGCUCCAGGGUGUCUGGAGGGCCACCUGAGCUUGGAUAUGGAGAAGUUUCACCUUUUCAAAGUGACGACAAGGCGCAGAUGCAGGUUGAAGCCAUCACUGAAGACGACCUGAGGCUCAUCCAGGAGAGGGAGUUGGCCAUUCAACAGUUGGAGAGUGACAUCGUAGAUAUAAAUGACAUCUUCAAGGACCUUGGGAUGAUGGUGCACGAGCAGGGAGACAUGAUUGACAGUAUAGAAGCCAAUGUGGAAAGUGCCGAAGUGACCGUCCAAAGCGCCACGCAGCAGUUGGCCCGCGCGUCUGAGUCGCAGAGGAGUUCGAGGAAGAAGACGUGCAUCCUACUCAUCGUCUUGGCUUUAGUCGCUGUGGUGGUGGGACUCAUCAUCUGGGGUGUGUCCCGUUAACCAACCUGUUUGUCACACCAGGACCAAGUGUGAAGACCAUUUAAAAAGUCUUCAUGGCGAGGGCUGCACACUCCCUGUACCUGUAUGUACUGUACACUCUGUCAGCUUUAUUUUAGGAGUCCCACUGGAGCAUGGUUUAUAUUCUGGACAAUCUUAUGCAGUAUGUUUGUAGUGAGGGAUUUGGAACGUCAUCAACAUCGGUCAUCUUCAAUCGAAGGACAAGCUAACACUAUGCAACCGCUUAGAACUUUGAUGUAGCAAAGUCCACAAAUGCAUCGGUUGCUUGAUGUGGGUGAAUGUAACACUGUUGCACUGAAGGAGUGUGUGUGGACCAAAUCACUUCAGAUCUUAACUUGUCAAUGUACAGGACUGCUGAGGAGUGGAGAUCAGACAAAAGCAGAUUUGACUUCUAGCUGCUGAGCUUUUAGUGAUGAUUCCUAAAGCUAUUCAUUUUUUUUUUUUGGACACUGAAAAAAAUGUUGCAAAAGUACUGUUUUUGAAAGUCAGAAUUCAUGCUUUAUUUCGCCCCCUUCACCUCAGAUAAGCAUGUUUGUCUUCAGCCGUGGAGGAUGUGGAUAUAAAUAUCACAGAACUUGACACAAUUGUCUCCCACACUCCUACAUGAUUUACCUUUUUUAACAUGUUGAGAUAUUUCCCAAGCAGCGUAUCGGUUCUGCGCACCUGAUGAAAUAUUUGUUGACUUUCCCUGGUGUGAAGGAGAAAGUAAACACUAAUGGUUGCCAUAACUACCGUUGCCAUUAAUUCCGAUUUUAAUGUAUGAUCAACUGUAUAAUCUAAUAUUGAGCGCAAGCUGCCUUAAUAAACCACCUUAAUGUUUUUCAGGUGAAAUGUGUUAUUUGGGCUAUUGAAGUGAGCAGUUCUCUAUGAGAGGGGAAGCAGGAUGACUUCAUCAAAGCGCGACAAAGUAAUACAGACUCACAACGUGAUGCGUCUUACUUGCUGAGCGUACUGCUUCAUCUCAACCGCUAGAGGGCAGUGGGAGGCUGACUCACAUAGCACUAAAAACAGACGUAAAUGAUUAUUAAAUAAAAAACGUUUACCACCACUUCAGUAAAGGUAAUGGCAAAAGACAACAUUUUGCAACGGAAUAC